GAAUCAUUGUUGAUCAUGUUGUUUGUAGUGAUUGUUUGUAAGGUUGUUGAGUCUAGAUACCAGAUGAUGGAUCUGUCCAUGACUUCAGUGCUGGCAGCUAAGGCCUACAAGUACAAAGCAGAAUCGCUUGUUAAGGAGUACCUUCUUGCAGAUUCGUAUGUUUCAUACACUGCUGUACUUGGUGGGAUCCUGAUGUGCAAGAUGGCUUAUGACAUAACAAGUAUAAUCAGCUUAUUGUACUAUAAGGGUUAUGGUUCACUUACAAAAACCCAAAAGCUUGAGUGGAACAACAGGGGCAUGUCCACUAUCCAUGCGAUAUUCAUCACAGUCAUGUCAGUGUACCUGGUAUUCUUCUCCAACCUAUUCUCUGAUCAGCUGGAUGGACCAGUAACUUUUCGGAGUUCAAAUCUAUCCAUUUUCACUCUGGGGGUUUCUGUUGGGUAUUUCAUCACUGACCUUGCUAUGAUAUUAUGGGCUUAUCCUUCUCUUGGUGGUAUGGAGUAUGUCCUUCACCAUAUGCUGUCGCUUAUUUCUGUAGUCUUUGCUAUGUAUUCUGGGGAAGGACAGUUGUACACAUACAUGUGUCUCAUCUCUGAAACAACCACACCUGGAAUCAACCUCCGAUGGUUCCUUGACACUGCUGGAAUGAAAAAAUCCAAGGCCUAUCUUGUCAAUGGUGUUUCGAUGUUUGUUGCAUGGCUGGUGGCACGGAUAAUUUUGUUCGUCUACUUGUUUUACCACAUCUACUUCCACUAUGAUCAGGUCAAACAGAUGCAUACCUUUAGCUGCAUUCUGGUAUUUGGUGUGCCCACAAUACUGCUUGUCAUGAACAUAAUGUGGUUUGCGAAGAUCUUGAGAGGCCUUAAAAAGACGCUUGCCAAGAGGCAGUGAAAAGAAGAAUGGUAACACAAGCUCAAGGACAUCGACAACCAUCCCUUCGUACAGUCACUUUACAGUUACAUGCACUUCCCGGGUAAAGCCGUCAGUGCAGCUUGUAGCACAAGCUAAAGCCCUUGUACAUGAUCCUGAAAUAUGCUAAGCACAGCUCAAUUUUUUCCCUGGAUGCUCUGCCUUGUACAUAAGGCCGUCUGGUUAUGGUGGAGGAUGUUUUUUCCCCUGUGGAUUGGAUGAUUCUACACCUUAACAAUUUAGGUAGUCUUAUAUAGACCUAGGAAGGUUGAAAUUUGCCCCUUCUAGCUACAGGUUAUGCAGUUCUUACCGUUCUGACUUCAGAACUGUGUCGGAUGCAUUCUCUAUCCGUACAAUUAGAGUUGCAAGCAGUACUUCAUAUCCAGGUGUUAAAUUCUUCAUGCGCGGUUUCAGUUAUUUGUCAACUCUGGUAAUUCUCGUUGUGCAGGUGAUUUAAGCGGUCACAAGGAGAUAAAUGAAAGCAUGCAAUGGUGGUUUGAAUUU